CAAACCCUGAGCCGGCAAAACCCUUCACUUCUCACCGCGGCAGCCAUGAAGCUUGAGGAUGUGUCGCUUGACGACGGAGAUCACCUCUACGAUAUGGACUUUCAGAACAUGACCGAUGGACACAAUUUCUUCUCCGCCAAGCCGGCUGCCGGCCUUCAGGGCGGGCAGCUUAAUGGCGUCGGCUCGAGCCUGUCGGCCUCCAUGACGCAGACGCAGCCCAGCAGCAUACAGCCGCCGAACGGUGCUGACCAACUGCAGUUCCAAAGUAAGCAGGCCAGGACAGAUCACACACACACACACAGGGAGUCUCGUCUCUGUCUGCAACUGUCCGUCUGUGUGCGCUGCUGUGUGUGCGCUGUGCAGCCUUCCCCAGCACGCAGAAUGGCUACCUGCCACAAGACGACGAACUCACCCGAGGUGGGCGGAGCGGCUGCUGCAGGACCACCCACCAUCUGUCUGUCUGUCUGUCUUGAACGGUGUCUGCUGCUGUGCAGAUGGCGCCAGCGAGCGCGGCGGCCUCUUAUCCGAAAUGGAUGGGGGAAAAGGUGACUGACGCUUGGACACACCCACCAUUGGACGAGCUACGCACAUUUGAUAUCGGUGUGUGUCUGUGUGGCCCGUCCGUCGUAUGCAGGAGGGUCGCUUCUUCCCGGCGGAGCGUCCUCGGGGGCCGCCUACCCGUGGCAAGUGCACUACUGGACGGUAGCUGACACACACGCACCGACACACACAAAGACAGACAGGCAGCCGCUCACAGGCUCUCUGACCGACCGACGCAUAGCUGCUCUUAUGUAUCUAUGGUGUGUGUCAUAUAUGUGUCUGUCGUGGCUACUUUUCCUUCUUGCAGGCUUACUUUGACGUGUCGACCAAAGACGUGUUGGAGCGCGGCAAGCUGGUGCUGACCUGGCCGACGCACCAGCGGACGUUCUUCUCGACACUGAUAUCCUACCCCGAGCUGUGGGGACCCACAUGGAUAUCAGCCACGCUCUCACUCGCCAUCGGUGCGUGAGGCAAGGCGGAAAAGGCGGAGACAGCGUGCCUGUAAGUAGCGUGUGUGUGUGUGUUUUUCUUGUGAGUGCAGCUGUGUCGAGCAACUGGGCGGCGUUCCUGAUGUUUGUGCCUGACCGGACUGACAUCCACUCCAACAUCGUCUACUGGACAAAAGACUUCAACGUGCUCUGGGUGAGCGACUGAGAUGAGUCAAGGAGAAUAUACUCUGCAGCUGCCUAACCGUGUCUGUCUGUGUGUGUCUGGCUGUCUGUGUGCGUGUGUACGAUACGUAUCACCCAGGGCAGUGGCGUGUUGAUAUUUCUGUGCCUGUUGGGUCAUCCCCUCUUCGUGUGGACACUCAUGCUGCUCAAGGGUGACUGAAUGAGAUGGCUUGGCUUGGCACGGCCGCGGGCACAUGUGUAGAUAGCUGCUGCACCUGUCUGCCAGGUCGGCGCAUUGGGUACAUCAGGUUGGUGUCGCUGAUGGGCUAUGCCCUCCUGCCGAUGCUCCCAGCAACGGUGGGUGCGUCAGUCAGAGGCAGGCAGACAGGCGCGGUCGAGGGCUGGCUGUCUCACUCACUGUGUCUGUCCUUCAUUCACUAUCUUGGUGUGCAGCUGUUUUGUUGGGCGCCUGUGCUGCUGUCUUCUUUUCGCCUGACGUCCACCUACCCGGUGGCAGCAUUGCAAUGGGUACACACACACACACAGAGAGAGAGACAUCCGACGGCACAUAAGGAGGUGGUGUAUGUGUGCAGGUGCUCCUGUUGGCGGGCUGUGUGUAUUCUGGCGGCUUCCUCGUCAAGAACCUCAAAGCAGACCUCGACAAGGAGGGCGACAACACACUCCAGUGAGCAAUUGCUGCCUCCAGAUAGAUCGCCUCACCAUGUUUCUGUCUUGUCUUGUGUGUCGCUGGAUUUUGGCGUGUGUCAGGUUCAAGGUGCUUGGGGGUACUGCGGUCAUGUAUGUGCUGAUGCUCCUCCUGCUCAAGUUUUAUUUCUUCGCCUUGUAGGGGCGAAGGUCUGCCUGUGUUGAUGUGUGGCUCGGCUGGGGCAGGUGUGUGUCAAUGUCAAUAGGUGACGUCACUGACGGAGUGAUCAGCCAGUUGGAUGCGACAACUGGACAUGACCGUGGCUGAUCCGUGUGUGUGUCAUGUGAAUUAAAAAAGGGACGGUGGGAAGGACACCAGUGCUCUGUAUGGUGGUGGGUAAAGGCAUGCAUUGCGAGAGGGAACCCGGCUAUUUUGACCCUCAGCAGCGUUAGUUAGGAUGUGUUUGUAGCAGUGCAUCACACUACCACUGUCCGCAUGCAAAUGCCGGCAAGAGCCCACCACACACACACACAGGCGGGCCGCAGACCACCAGCGACAACACAGGAGUCCGACGCAGCCCUC